AUGGAGGAAAUCCCAGAUGAUUGUGAUUCCAUCUAUUGUGGUGGGUGCAGAACUCGAGUUGCAUUCAUCGAGGAUGUCUUUGUUACUAUGUCGUCAGUAGGGAUCUUUGAUAGGGUGUUUAAUGUUGAAGUAUCAGACGACGUGAAUAAUCAUCACCAACAAGAUGCAAAUACCCUAGCCAAUACUUACUGUGUCCAAUGUGGAAGGAUGCUCGGGUGGAAAUUUAUUGAAGUCAUCCAACAGAGAUUGUAUGUUAAGGAAGGAACAUUCCGUUUGAGAUAUGACAUGCUUAGUUUUGAAGAGAAAAAUGUUGAUCAAGAUGUAGGCGGUAAUCAACAGGUUCCUAUUGAACAAGAAUAUCAAGAUGGAGACGGUGAUCAACAGGUUCCUCAUGAACAAGAUUUAGGCGCUAAUGAGCAAAAUGCUGAUCAAGAUAGAGGCGGUGAUCAAGAGGUUCCUAAUGGACAAGAUUUAGGCGAUAAUGAGCAAAAUGAUGAUCAAGAUGGAGGCGGUGAUGAACAGAAUCAUGAUCCAGAUGGAAGGGAUAAUCAACAGGCUCCUAAUGAACACAAUUUAGGCGCUAAUGAGCAAAAUGAUGAUUAA